AUGGCGGUUUCACCUCUCAAUGUGCCAUCUGGGAACUCCCGCGACAGAAGUGCAAGCAGAUCGAAGCUCUCAAGUGCCAUCACAAGUGGAAAUGGGACUCCUUCCGACGGGCCAACUGCAAGUGCUAGCACAACUUUUGAUCUAGCAGAGCAGAUGAAUGAAAAUGAAAGACUUAAAUACAUCAAAGGUAAAAAGCUCGGAGAAGGAACUUAUGCCAACGUCUAUCUGGGUCACCUAAGCACCGACUCUAGUGUUCUCGUCGCUAUCAAAAAGAUAAAAAUACAAAAAGAAUACACAGAAGGUAUGGCACCUGAUGCCAUCCGCGAACUCAAGCAUCUCCAGGAAAUUUCCCACCCCAAUAUAAUAUCCCUCCUCUCAGUAUUCUCCUCAAAAGACCAAAACCUAAAUCUCGUCCUCGAAUUCUUACCUCUCGGAGAUCUCGAAAUGUUGAUCAAGGAUGUCGAUGGCGUGCGCUACGGUGCAGCCGAUAUAAAGGCUUGGAUGGGAAUGCUCAGUCGAGCCAUCUGGUUCUGUCACGAAAACUUCGUUCUACACCGCGAUAUCAAACCCAAUAAUUUACUAAUCGCCGCAGACGGAGAGGUCAAACUUGCAGAUUUCGGUUUGGCAAGGAAUUUCGCAGAUCCCCAGCGGACUAUGACAUCGAACGUAAUCACACGCUGGUAUCGACCACCUGAGCUAUUAUUCGGCGCAAGACAUUAUUCUGGCGCAGUGGAUAUCUGGUCCGUGGGACUUGUAUUUGCCGAAUUGGUGAUAAGAACGCCUUAUUUGGCGGGUGAUACUGAGGUCCAUCAAGUUUCUCUAAUAUGUCAAGCAAUCGGUACACCAAACGAAGAUAAUUGGCCGGGGGUAACCAAACUGCCAGAAUACACAGUGCCGGAUCCACCAAACCCAGUAGUUCCGCGAGAACAUUUACUGGCCAUGUUUGGAACAGCUGGACCCGAGGGAGUAGAUUUACUGAUGAAUAUGUUGAUACUGGAUCCAAGAAAGAGAAUUACGGCAAGGGAGGUGUUAGAACAUCCUUGGUGGGCGUCAGAUCCUAAACCUACAAAGAACGAAGAUCUGCCGAGGAAGAGGGGCGGUGAGGCAAAGAUGGGAGAGGACUUGAAGAGGAGGCCGGGAAUGGUAGAUGAUGAUCGGGCAAGUAAGGUAGCGAGAAAGUUGGAUUUCUCGUCGAUGGGUUAA